AUGCUCCUCCUUCCGUCCAUUUCCAUUUCCAUUCCCAGGAGAAGACCAUGGGGCUGGGCAUGGGGCUAUAGACAGUCGUACCACAACUUUUCUCUAUCUCUCUUGCAAAAUUUGUCACAUCCCCGCUCCUUCAACCAAAUUUUGUCUCAUGCCAUAGCAUCAGGCGUCUUCAGAGACCCCGUGGUGUCCAGUAAACUCCUCUAUUACUCUCUCUCCCAUGAUCAUGAUUUCGCCUUCUCUCGCACCCUCUUCUUUCAAAUUCAUAAGCCUAAUGUCUUCUCCUGGAAUUUCAUGUUCAGAGCCUACUCUCGCAGCUCCUUCCCCGCAGAAACAAUUGCUCUUUACAAUCUUAUGCUGCGCAAUGGCACCCUACCAGAUAACUAUUCCUUCCCUUUCGUCCUCAAAGCUUGCGCUCGACUCUCCCUUCUCCACAAAGGGCGUGAAAUUCAUUCUUCCACCCUUAAAUUGGGGGUCCAUCUGGAUGUUUUCGUGCAAAAUGCGCUCAUAUCUGCGUUUUCUUCUUGUGGCGCGGUUGAAGCAGCUCGUGCCGUGUUUGAUAUGCUUCCGGCUUUAGUUCGAGAUGUAGUAUCUUGGAAUAGUAUGAUCUCUGGAUAUCUGCAGAGCCAUCGCUACGAGCUAGCGUUGAAGGUUUUUUGGGAGUUGUUGGGCGAUGGUUCUCUAAGUCCGGACGAGGUCACUCUAGUGAGUGCUCUUUCUGUUUGUGGAAGGCUUGGAUUACUUGAUUUGGGUAAGAAAAUUCAUGGGUUAUUUACGGGAAGUGGAUUCGUUUUAGACGUUUUUGUGGGCUCCUCUUUGAUCGAUAUGUACUCUAAAUGUGGGCAGAUAGAGGACGCUCGAAAGGUUUUCGACAGAAUUCCGCAUAGAAAUACAGUGUGUUGGACUUCUAUGAUAGCUGGGUAUGCCCAAUCGGAUCUAUUUAAGGAAGCAAUUGAGUUGUUCAGGGAAAUGCAGAUUGGUGGGUUUGCAGCAGAUGCAGCAACAAUUGCUUGUGUCCUUUCGGCAUGCGGUCAUUGGGGUGCUCUGGCUCAGGGGAGAUGGAUUCAUUUAUACUGUGAAAGAAACAGCAUUGAGAUGGACCUCAACGCGAGGAACGCUUUGAUAGUGAUUUCUGGCCUUGCCAUGAAUGGAGAAUCUGAUAAAGCACUGCACUUGUUCUCACAAAUGGAAAUGAUUUCUGAUAUCAGGCCGAAUGAGAUCACCUUCCUUGGCGUGUUGUGUGCUUGUAACCAUGGUGGAUUUGUGGAUAAAGGCCUUUAUUAUUUUAAUGCCAUGACUCAAAUUUACAACCUCACUCCCGGUAUUGAACACUACGGUUGUAUGGUUGACCUUCUUGGCCGCGCUAACCUAUUGGUUGAGGCCGAGAAGUUCAUCCGGACACUACCCAUUCAACCUGAUGUGGUUAUAUGGCGAUCCCUGCUUUUUGCCUGUCGGAAUCAUGGGAAUAUAGAACUGGCAGAGUUUGCAGCCAAACAAAUUGAGGAAUUGGAACCAAGAAGGUGCGGUGCUCGUGUUCUUUUGUCUAAUGUUUAUGCUUCAGCCUCAAGGUGGGGUGAUGUGAAGAGGGUGAGGAAAGAUAUGGCUACUCAAAGAAUCAAGAAGCAGCCGGGCUGUUCUUUUGUUGAAAUAGAUGGCCUUGUUCAUGAGCUUUUUGUUGCAGAUCGUUCACAUCCUGAAAUGGGUGCCAUAUAUGAGACGAUGAUUAGCAUCAACAAGGCUCUUCAGUCCAAAGGGUUUGAUCCAGGUAUCUUAGAUCAUCAAGAACAGUGAUGAAAAUAAAAUUAAUUCGGACAGGUCUUAUGAUGUUCUUACUGGAUGGAAGUUGUUGAUGCUGAUCCAUUUGCUGUUGCAUUGCUAUGGAUAUAUUUUCUCAAGUCAGUGACCAGAAUUGAAUCAUGCCAAGGAGUAAAAAGAUGGCCAACUAUAAUUGAAAACUACGGUGGAUGAAUUCCAUUUCCUCGUUUGAUGUGUCAAUGUAGUGAAUCCAGGUGGCACCUUGCCAUUCUAGAAGACAAGAACUCCAUGGGGGGCACACUGAACCUUACAAACCUUGUGCACUGCAAGGGUUGCUUUUUUCAUUUACUUUUCUCAAGUCAUAUUUUAUGAUUAAUAUCAUUUUUUGAGGUUGCCUUUA